AUGGGACAUGUCAUCUUGGCAGCUUCUCGCACUGAUGAAGACAUUGCUCCUCUGGAUCCAGCCUUUAUCCUGGAAGAGUACAAAGAACGCAUCUUGGCAUUCUCGAAAGCCCCAAGCCAUGCACAGCACAUCCUGCGCAUCGAGCACCACCAUGAGCCUUCCUGGUCUCUCCGCUUUGACGACAAAGCAUCCGUGGCUGAUCUGGUGCAAGCAGAGCGAAUGAAUCUUGCUUGGGGACACACAGUGCAGGUGUUCUCUGAUGAUCAAUCGGUUGACGACCUGAGUUCACUGAGCUGCCAUCUCGAUGGUCUUCGUCUUGAACACAUGCCCAAGAAGAGCAAGACUGAAGUUCAGAUAGCACAUCUGAUCAUUCAAAUCAAGAUUUGUGGGCUCAGUCAUAUCGCGAUUUUGCCACGAGGCAACAUGCUUUUCGCCUUUGUCGACAAGGUUUUGGACAGCAGACCUGCCCUCGUUGUCAAUGCUGAUGGAGAAAGGGUCCCACUAGACACUCGGAUCUGGUUUCCAGGUAGCUUCAUUGCUUUGACCAAGAACACUUUCUCAUGCUGGCCUUUGCGCUUGAGUCUUGAGGGAAGAGGCACACAUGAUGAUGCAUUUCCUACCUCAGCAGGAUUGUAUGAAGCUGAAGUUGAGCUGCUUGUCUUUCGGUUCUUGCACCUCCAAUGCAUUGAUCCUCACCUUUUUUGGACAGCACGAUGGAUUGUAGACAUCACGGAGCUUUGGCCACACGAGGCCCAUCAGCGCAUCCUGCACAAAUGGCUGAAAGGGGGAGAGAUACAAGGAUGUCGUUUUGGCAUUCUUUGGGAGGCAAAUCAUUGGAGUGCAUUCUUAGUGACCCAUCACGACAACAAGCUCGAUGUCUUCAUUGUUGAUUGCCAAGUUGAGGAGGUCUCUUCUUACAUGGACCUCUUCUUUGCCCGUGUCAGCAAGGCGCUCCACUGUCACAUGUACCACAUCCAUUUGACCCACGGCAUCGGCCAGACCUUUGGGACACACUGUGGUGCGGUGGCAUUUCUCAAUGUGGUGAACUUCCUCUACCCCUCAACUGACUUUAUGGAGCAAGAUGCACACAAUCUGUAUCUAAGGAUUUUGGUACAGAGAUCCUUGGCAGAAGAAGCAAUUGAAACUGCCUCUGUCUCUACAACUCUCAGUUGGCAGAUGAUUGGAACAUCCUCCAAAGAUGACAUCACUGAUCGACUGGUGCCUUCGCAACUUGUGCUGGAUCCCAAGAUGUUCAAGGACGAAAACGGAGAUCCAGUUCCACAACUACAAUUCUCACAAGUUGAGGCGGAUCAACAUGGUCUGGCCAUAUGCACCAUACAGGAGGCAACAGCUUUUCUGAUGGCACCAAAAUCAAUCAGCCCGCAUGCUCUAGGACUGCUUCUACUCGAACCACCAGAGCCAGAUGUGAUGUUGAAGUCAGGUGCUACAAAGAUGAGAUUCCCGGCGCAAUACCAAGUUACAGGAGAACAAGUGUUGAUCUUCGGUGCGCUGCUUUGCAUCGGUGAUAUCUCCAUCGACAGGGCGACUGCUGGCUCUGUCUCCAAGCAACCUGUCCUGCCCACGGUCAUCAUCCGGUACACCCUUUACAGGGAUCAGUUCCAAGGAAGCUGGCAGACCUUCACUGAAGCUCCAGUUCGAGAAAUAUUGAAGAUGUUUGAGCCCUUGAACUACUGUGACGGCAAGAACUGUGGCUCUGCCUGUAAGAAGACACAUCCUGAUGUGGACAAAACAUAUGAAGCGGUGAUCUUGGAACUUUGGGGACGACACUUCACCACGGCUGCAGGAACCAAAAAGACACCCCUUGAGGCAGAUCAAUUCUCAUUCCAGGUACGGACUCCAGCCGCCAUCAUCCUGAGCCUGGUCUCGAACAAUCCGGCAGGUCUUUACAGUGACCCUCGCACAGAUGACUUCAGAGUUGCACAUCCGGACUUUUGUGUCAUAUGGAUCAACAAGGUUGACUUCACACAAGUCGAGCACAUGAGUCGAACCUGCUCCUAUGCGCUGUCCAUCGUCCGACAUCGUCAGAGAUAUGGUAUCAGGGUCAAGAAGAUAAAUGAAGCUAAAGCAUGGGCUGAACUCAAGCCGGAUCAACAUUUUCAGCCUGUGAAAAUCGAGCAGAUCUUUGAAGUAUCUCCGGUGCCACACGGUACGCAAAAGAAGACAAUGGAAAAGGUGAUGCGCGAAUGGAACUGGAACUGCCGUGUUCUCCAGCCAGGACGUGGAUCGCACUUUCACAUGUCAUGGCAGGUAGGUGCACAAGAAGAACCUCCGGCUCGUGUGCUGCAGGCAUUUCAAUCCGACGUACUGAUCAAUCCAGUGCGCAAAGUGGAGGUCGAACAGUUGAGGCCGAAGAUCUUCCUGGCUAAGAAGACCCAACAGCAUCUGCGUCAAGCACCUUCCACGACAAAGGAAGAUCAGGACCCAUGGUUGAAUCACAAUGAUCCUUGGGCCAAAUAUGCGGCAACCAGCUCCACAUCAGCUCCGCUACCACCACCUACAACAGCCAAGCGCAUUGAGGAGAUCAAGGGCACACUUCAACAAGAAGUGCAAAACGCCGUACGCAAAGAGCUUGAGAGCCAUCCUGCUGGAGGAGCUAUGUCAGACACUGAAUCUGGCCGGCUUGACCAUUUGGAGAGUGCGCUUCAAGAAGUCAAAAGUCAGAACAGUGCUCUGAAAGGAUGGAUUCAAGAUGCGCAGACCAAAUUGAAUCGACAAGACGCUCAACUUACACAAUUGAAACAAGAAGUUGGUGCUCAAUCUGAGCAAAUGAAAACACAAUUCACCAAUUUGCAGGGGGAGCUGAAUCAAUCCUUUGAGAAACAAUUCAGCAGGUUGGAAGCGUUGCUUGAGAAGCGACAGCGGCAUGAAUGA